AUGGAAAUCGCGGAAAAGAAAAGUUUUUCUAUAUUGUUGUCAGAGCUGAUAGUUUUGGCCGAUGAGGUUGCUUCUCUUGCGAAGAACUCUGAAUUUGAAGUGCAUAUUUUUGCGGAGUUUGCCAUGUUGGUUGAGAAAUUCCCAUCAAUCUUCAAUGACUUGAGAGACAAAAACACAGUCUUAGAUAAGCCACCGAUAAGAAAAUCCUUGGAAUCACUUGAGAAUGAGCUGAGGCGUGCCAAAGCUUUGACAAAAAGCUCUAAUUUGAGGCAACCGAUCAAGCAAAUCGAGGACAUAACACAUGACAUCGGUCGAUCCUUUGGCCUUCUGCUUGUAGCCAGCCUAGAAGUUUCCGUGGAUUUCAGAGAAAAAAUCGGUACAUUGCAAAGACAAUUGAUGAAUGUGAGAUUUGAUAGCAGUUUAAGUCUAGCUUCAAGUCCAAAAUCAGAGGUUUCCUGCAGUGACAUGAAGCUGACUGGAGAAAUAGAAGAGGAAAUAGUUAAUGUUUCUAUUGAUGAGGUUGUUUUGCAACUUAAGAAUGGUAAUGAUGAAGAAGUUGCAGUUUCACUUUUGAGACUGAAUGAUUUCAUGAGGAGUGAAAGACUGGAUGGUGGGUUGAUCAAUGAGGAAGCAACUCUUGCCAUUCUUUUCAAUCGUUUAGGUUCGUGUAAGGCAGACAAUAGGUUGGCAAUCAUGCGACUGCUAAGAUGUAUUGCUUUAGAAAAUGAUCAGAAAAAGGAGAGGAUGGUACACAUUGAGUUCUUAUCAGCAGUGGUGAAGUCCCUCACAAGAGAUUCAGAGGAGAGGAAGGAAGCAGUGGGGCUAUUGCUAGAACUCUCUGACGUGCAGGCCGUUCGACGGCGAAUUGGACGAAUUCAAGGGUGCAUUGUUAUGUUAGUUGCUAUACUUAAUGGGGAUGAUCCUGAUGCCUCACAUUCUGCUGCAAAGUUAUUGGAUAUAUUGUCCAGUAAUACUCAAAAUGCACUUCAUAUGGCCGAGGCUGGUUACUUUAGGCCACUUGUGCAGUAUUUGAAAGAAGGGUCUGACAUGAACAAGAUUCUAAUGGCGACAGCACUCGCAAGGUUGGAACUCACUGAUCACAGCAAACUUUCCCUUGGAGAAGAUGGGGCAAUUGAGCCCCUUGUCAAAAUGUUCGGUAUUGGGAAACUUGAGUCCAAGUUAUCCGCUCUAAAUGCACUACAAAAUCUGUCAACCUUGGCAGAAAAUGUGCAGCGUUUGAUCAGAUCCGGAAUUGCAGGAUCUCUUCUGCAACUUCUUUUCUCAGUUACAUCUGUGCUCAUGACAUUGCGCGAGCCUGCAUCUGCCAUUCUUGCAAGAAUCGCUCAGUCUGAGUCCAUCCUUGUUAACGAAGAUGUUGCUCAGCAGAUGCUUUCACUUUUGAGUCUUUCCAGCCCUAUAAUUCAAGGUCAUCUGUUAGAAGCUCUAAAUAACAUAGCCUCCCAUCCUGGUGCAUCCAAAGUGAGAAGAAAAAUGAAGGAAAAAGGUGCACUUCAGCUGCUCUUACCCUUUCUGAAGGAAAACACAACCAGAGUCAGGACCAAGGUCUUGCAUUUGUUGUACACUCUCUCUAAAGAUCUAACAGAUGAGUUAACUGAACAUCUUGAUGAAACUUAUCUUUUCAACAUAGCAAAUAUAGUCUCAACAUCAACAUCAGAUAGUGAAAGGGCAGCAGCUGUUGGCAUACUGAGUAAUCUUCCUGCUAGUAAUAAAAAAGUGACAGAUAUGCUGCAGAGGGCAAAUUUGUUACCCAUUUUAAUAUCCAUUAUGUAUACUAUCACAGGAAGUAACUCAUCCACAACAAAUACCUUAGCAGAAAGUAUUGCCAGUGUUAUUAUUCGCUUCACAAAUCCCUCUGACAAGAAACUACAACUUCUCUCAGCUGAACAAGGGGUGAUUCCUUUGCUUGUAAAACUUCUCUCAAGUGGUUCAUCAAUCACAAAAUCAAGGGCUGCAGUCUCUCUGGCUCAACUAUCGCAGAAUUCUGUGUCUCUUAGGAAGUCUAGAAAGUCAAGAUGGUUGUGUGUUCCACCCUCUGUGAAUGCAUAUUGUGAAGUCCAUGAUGGAUAUUGCUUUGUCAACAGCACAUUUUGUUUGGUCAAGGCAGGUGCUGUUUCUACCCUUAUCCAAUUGUUGGAAGAUACUGAGAGAGAAGUUGUUGAAUCUGCUUUGCAUGCUCUUUCAACUCUUCUGCAAGAUGAAAUCUGGGAAGGUGGCGUCAAUUCCAUUGCCAAGUUAUCAGGCGUGCAAGCUAUUAUAAAAAGUCUAGAAGUUGGGGAUGCAAAGGUUCAAGAAAAAGCAAUAUGGAUGUUGGAGAGAAUAUUCAAAGUUGCAGAAUAUAGAGUAAAGUAUGGAGAAUCUGCUCAGGUGGUUCUUAUUGAUCUUGCCCAAAAGAGUGAUUCUAGAUUGAAGUCAACAGUUGCAAAAGUAUUAGCUGAGCUUGAGCUCUUACAAUCUCAAUCAAGUUACUUUUGA